GCGGGGCGAAGCGGGCGCGGGCAUGCUUCGCGACCCCCGCUUCCCGGAUCCUCUCCUCUUCGGCCCAAACCCGGAGGCGGGGAGAAGGGGCGUAGGUUGUUUCUGUGUACCUGCGAGCGUGUGCCUGUUUCUCCCGUGGAGUCAGCGCUCAGUUCUGUGCCCGCAAGGUGUACAGAGUAAAUUCCUGGAGCAGUUAUUAAGCUUGUCCGCUCUCACCUGGCUAACAUCGAGGCCUGCCCCCUUCUCUCGGCAGCCUGGGGCCCAGGCCGGGGCCACCAUGGCGCUGCCUCCAGGGUCAGCUACCCUCCCGCACACACUUCUGCUCCUGCCGGCCCUUCUGAGCUCAGGUACACCCCUGUUCAUCCCUUGGCCAUGCAUUUGUGCGGUCAAGUCCCCCUCUCUCCCCUCCUUGCCUGCAUCUUCAGUUUGGGUACCCAUUCCAGGCACCAGAGUUGGGUUCUCUUCAUCCACCUCCCCAAGGUCCAGCUGUCCCUGGUUAGAGAACCCAGGUGCUCUGUCUCUUGGCCUGCUGCCCCUCUGUAACUGGACCUCAUCCUGGUCACAGGACAGUACUAAGCCUCCACCAGCCCUCCCCAGAAUCCCCUGUGUUCCAGGUUGGGGGGAGUUGGCGCCACAAAUUGAUGGUCAUACCUGGGCAGAGCGGGCGCUUCGAGAGAAUGAACGCCACGCCUUCACCUGCUGGGUGGCAGGGGGGCCUGGCACCCCCCGAUUGGCCUGGUACCUGGAUGGACAGCUGCAGAAGGCCAGCACCUCAAGACUGCUGAGUGUGGGCGGGGAGGCCUUCUCUGGAGGCACCAGCACUUUCACUGUCACUGCCCAGCGGGCCCAGCAUGAGCUCAACUGCUCCCUGCAGGACCCAGACAGUGGCCGGUCAGCCAACGCCUCCGUCCUCCUCAAUGUGCAAUUUAAGCCGGAGAUUGCCCAGGUUGGGGCCAAGUACCAGGAAGCUCAAGGCCCAGGCCUCCUGAUCGUCCUCUUUGCCCUGGUGCGUGCAAACCCGCCUGCCAAUGUGACCUGGAUCGACCAGGAUGGGCCGGUGACUGUCAACGCCUCUGACUUCCUGGUGCUGGAUGCCCAGAACUACCCCUGGCUCACCAGACACACCGCGCAGCUGCAGCUCCGCAGCCUGCCACGCAACCUCUCCGUGGUGGCCACCAACGACGUGGGUGUCACUAGCGCCUCGCUUCCGCCCCCAGGGCUCCUGGCCACCCGGGUGGAAGUGCCACUGCUGGGCAUCGUUGUGGCUGGAGGGCUUGCCUUGGGCACCCUGGUGGGGUUCAGCACCUUGGUGGCCUGCCUGGUCUGCAGGAAAGCGAAGAAGACCAAAGGCCCCUCCCGGCGGCGCCCGUCCCUGAGCUCUAGUGACUCCAACAACCUGAAACUCAACAACGUGCGCCUGCCGCGGGAGAACAUGUCCCUCCCGUCCCACCUGCAGCUCAAUGACCUCACUCCGGACUCCAGAGGGAAACCAGCGGACCAGCAGAUGGUUCAGGACAACAGCCAGCCAGAGCUUCUGGCUCCGGAGCCCGGCGGCCUCCUCACCAGCCGAGAAUUGCUUGGUGUUCUCAUGUCCAGAGGUGCCUUGGUUUAAAGGGGACUAUCUUCUGUCAGGGUAAGGAGGUGGGCAGCACAGAUGGGGGUUUCUGGGGAUCCUAUCUUUCUACAAACCUUCAGCCAAUCCUCCCGUCUGCAGCCCCUCCCUGCACACAUGCCAUCAGAAAUAUCUGACACUUUCGAUUCCUGACCCUUUCCAGGAUUCUGCAGUGUCAAAUGGCUUACUUCUUACUGGUUUCUCUGUCCCUCUCCUCUACUGGAAAUCAAGUAUCAGGUUUUUUCCCCUCCCCCUGCCCACUAAAUCUGUUACCACUUGUCCACCUUUCAAAAUUGUAUUGCUCUCUGGUCUACAGUCAUUUUCUUUCCUAUUAUCUGUCCUUGCUGGUUUAUACCUUUAAAAAAAAUUCCUAUACUGUCAUUUUAGGAAGGUUAAAGGAGGGAAUGCAAAUGUAAAUACUUGUGUUCAAUUUUUGUUUAUUUAGAAAUGUUGAGAGGCUGGGAUAGCAGAGGGGAGGGACACUUCAAGCCAGGAAAAUAGACUGCAUAAAGGUUUAGUUAGAAGAGGGAACUCAUGAAUCAUGUGUAGAGCAUGGCAAGCAGGCUGGUUUUGCAGUUUUCACUGGGGAAUUAGAAAUCUCGGGCAGGGAGAGAAUAGCCAAAUGGAAAGUCUAAAAGUCUAAAAGGCCAAGUGAAAAAUUUAUACUUAGUAACAUAAUUAUUAGAUCUUACAUUUUGUGGCAUUUAAUCUUUUCACAUAUUUUCACCCAUAGGACAAGCCUAGGAGUUAAGUUAGUGUUUAUUAUAACUGUUUCAUAGCUAGAGUAACUGAGGCAUAGAAGUUAAAAGAGAAGUUAAAAUGAGGUCAUAGAAGUUAACUUAUUUUUCUAGGGCCACAGAUCAAGUAGCCAAAAGAGAGUAACCUCAGACUGUGGAGGAGGAGGAGCCCACGAUGGAAACAGUGUCUGAAGGUGCUCGCUGGAGAGGUCAGUGGACGUGCUAGGGGAGGGAGACAGGCUAAUAUAACAGGCCUGCGCAUCAGCCGGUAACUUAGGUAGGAAGUACAGCUGAUCCUCAUUAUUUGCAGAUUCUGUAUUUGUGAAUUCACUUACUAAAAUUUAUCUGUAAUCCUAAAAUCGAUACUUGCAGUGUUUUUACAAUCGUUUGCAAACAUGCUUAGAGCAGUGAAAAGUGUGAGUCGCCCAACACGUACCUUCCCAGCUGAGGCUGAACAAGGCAACAUUCUGCCUCCUGGUUUCAGCUCUCACACUCUAAAUGAGUAGCCUAUCCAAGGUCUAUCUAAUGCCUCAUUUUUUGCUUGUUGGUGGUGGUUUCAGUGUUUAAAAGGGCUCCCCCGGGACUUCCCUGAUAGUCCAGUGGCUAAGACUCCAUGCUCCCGAUGCAGGGGGCCUGGGUUCGAUCCCUAGUCAGGGAACUAGAUCCCACAUGCCACAACUGAAAAAAAAAAAAAAAAGAUCCCCCGUGCCACAACUAAGACACGGCGCAGCCAAAUAAAUAAAUACAAUAAAUAUUUGAAAAUAAAUAAAUUAAAUGGCCUCCACCCGCAUAGUGCUGAGGUGCUGGCUAGAGUUAACUAAGUGGAGUAAGGCUGUCAUGUGCCUUACAGAGAGAGUGCGUUAGAUAAGCUUCAUUAUGGCAUGACUUACAGUGCUGGUGGCUGUGAGUUCAAUGAAUCAAUGGUUGUUGACGAAAAUCUUAUGACAGAGGCACACAGGAAACUUACCUUAUAUUUCCCCCAGGAGCAGUGGUUCAGUAUUUGCUAAUUCAGUGUCUGUGGUGACUUGAUAGAACAGAGCUACUGUGAAUAACGAGAGUCGACUAUACUUACUAGUGCUGAGUAACAGUUCUAGCCAAAGAAGGCAGUCCGAUUGUUCCCUGAAAACCUGAUGGAGAAUCUGAGUUCCUAUCACGUUUUUGCCUCUCUUUUUCCUUGAGUGAAAUGUGAGCAUUAAUGGCAUCCAUCUGAGAGCAGAGCACCUGGUCCCAACAUGGUGUCAAAGUGAGGCCUGAGCUCAGCUGUUCCUGCUCAAGUUCAAGCAUGAGAUGAACAUCAGAGUUGGCUUAAGGGUCUGUAGGAAACGAUGCCCCUCCUGUCUCGUGUUUCUCGGGUAUGUAUUAGGCUGUAGCAUCUUACUGUAAUUUUCCCCUCCGAUCAGUUCUUGCCCCGUAUAUCAGUACUUGGCUCCAUUACCUGCCCAGCUGCUCAAGCCAGAAAACCUGGGAGUCGCCCUUUCUUCUCUUCCCUCCCUCACAUUCACUCUAUCACUAAGUUCUGUUGGUUCCACCUCUCCUGGUUGUUUAUCUGUUGUCUCGUACCCCACACCUUCCCUUCUAUACUUUAUGCUGCUCGAUUUUCCAGAUUCCCUUGCCAGCUGUUCAUUUCUGCCAGUGGGAGGCACCAGCAGGCUAGGAGAGGGUGGGAGAGAGGAGGCAGCAGCCCUUGCCCAGGGUGGCUGUAGUAGGGGUGAGGGUCUCGGACCUGCUUGGCCAUCCUGGCCACUGCGGCAGCUCUUCUGUUUCCAGCCCCUGCAGUGGAUACUCCCCUUUAACCUCUUGUUCCUUCAGCACUCUGCAUUCUCCCUUUUGUUUCUUCAGCCCUUCCAACACUUUUGUAAACAACUGCCCAUACUUAACAUCCUUUGUUAGAAAUAACUAGUAUGGUUUCUGACUGGAGCUUAGCUGAUAAAACCUCCAAAAUAUUUCCUGAAUCUGUCCAUCUCUACCACUACCACCCAGUCCAAGACACCAUCAUCUCUCACCUGGGUGACUGCAAUAGCUAGGCUCCCUGAGACCACAACCAGACAGGUCUGGAGGUAGACAGGCAGGUAGCCUGUAAGGCAGGUAGCACUACCUGGUGGGAGACCCCCAGAAAAAAUAAGUUCUGGGAGAAAAAAGUUUCCCCUCUAUUGCCAACCUUGGAGGACUGGGGUUUGAUUUUAUUUCACAAAGUUGAUUUGCUUAAACUG